AUGGCACGUCGAGGAGCGGCCGCAGUCGCCGUUGCCGGCCUCUGGCUGCAUGGAGCCAAUGCGAUCCUGCCAUCAGGCGUACUCUCCCUCUCGCGCUUCGGCGUGAACGCGACGCUGGACAUGUUCGUGUCGCCAAGCCACGACACGGGCUGGGGCCCACCGCUGCCGCAGGAACACGACCGCAAUGGCUCGCGGCGACACGUCUUGGCCGACGCCGGUGACGCGUGCAGCGCCCUCUCACGCGCGCUCUACAUCGACAAGCUCGUGGUGGCACACCGGGGCAACUGCUCGUUCCUGGAGAAGGCCAAGAUUGCCCAGAGCGCCGGGGCCGCAGGACUCAUCAUCCGCAACACGCGCGAGGCCGUGUACCUUCUCGACCGUAAUCGCACGACGCCAGCCGGCAACCUCUCGAGUGACGCGCCUAUGCCGUCGUUUGCGACCGAUUGCUCGCGCGGCGAAGGCUACGUUCCGUCGCUCGACCCGGACGCGCCAUGGCUCGUGCAAAGCGAUGUCUGCACGCAUCAUCCCAGCUGCGCGUCCCGCAUCUGUCUCCCGACCGGGCACCGAAACGCAUCGUCGUAUCAAGUGUGCUGCAUGUGGGACACGCACUUGCUCAUGGGCGCCAACUACACGGACGCCGACGCCGCGCACUUGCAGCUGCCCAUCGUCUUUGCCACUGUCGCGCAAGGCGAGACACUCUCUGCACUCCUCGCGACAUCGCCGUCCCCGGCCGGAACGGUCUACGCGCGGUACAGCCCAUUCUUUAAUCUAGCUUCGGUCGCGCUCUGGGCGAUCGGAGUGGCCACCGCGAUCGGCGGGUCCUACUACGCGGCCAGUGCCGACCGCGCGCGCCUCCGCCAGCACAAGCCCCACGCCGACCCGACGCGCAAGGCGUACGACGACGACGACGAUGACGACGAAGCCGACGUGCUCCAUCUCUCGUUCCAGCACGCGAUUGGCUUUAUCGUUGUCGCCGGCUGCUUUCUCACCUUUCUGUACUUUGUGCACGUCGGACCACUGUUGUCGAUCUUCUUUGGGAUUUCAUCCAUUAGCACGACGACGCUGCUGGUGACGCUGCCAAUGGCUAAGCGUCUCUGCCCGUGCAUGUCGUCCUGGCAUCUUCGCGUGCCCAUGGUCGGGACCAUCACGAUCCACGAGGUUCUCGCCUUGAGCGUGAGCUCCAGCCUCGUACUGGCGUGGUUUCUGUACCGCGAUGCGCUCUGGAGUCUCCAAGACCUCUUUGGCAUCGCGCUCUGCUGCGUCUUUCUCAAGACAAUCCGACUUCCGAACCUCAAGAUUGGCGCGCUCCUCCUUGUCCUCGCGUUCGCCUACGACAUUUUCUUCGUGUUUGUGAGCCCGCUCCUCUUUGGGCGCAGCGUCAUGGUCGACGUGGCCACCGGUGGCCCGCCCGCGGCCGCCCGCAACGGGUACCCCGGGCGCGACUAUUGCGAGCGGUACCCGACGUACCCGCGCUGCGUCGACCCCGACCCGCUCCCGAUGCUGCUCGUCUUCCCGCGCAUUGGCGACUGGCGCGAUGGCCGCGCGAUGCUCGGCCUCGGCGACAUUGUGCUCCCGGGGCUGCUCCUCACGUUCACCCUGCGCUUCGACUAUACGCGCCGCGUGCACUUGAAGCGCACGGCUAACAGCGCGAACGUCUUCUUCAGCAUCGCCGCCAUAGGGUAUGCAGUCGGGCUCGGCAUCACCAACGUUGCGGUUGUGCUCAUGAACAUGGGCCAGCCCGCACUGCUGUACCUCGUGCCAUGCACGCUCGGCAGCGUCGCCGCCGCGGCGCAUGCCACCGGCGACCUCCCGCGCAUGUGGCACGACGGCUUGUAUGAGGUCGAGCCCAUGGCGCCGAUCGUGGGCGGGUCACCCGUCGACUACGAAGCGGGCGACGAGGCGCCGCUCCUCGACGACGCGUAGUACGGCUGCCUGCGAUAUAUGAAUGCAUCUACCUUUGUGAUCCAUGG